AUGAAUCGGCCAAAGUUGGAACCGCUGAGGCUUCCCCAUGGAACCAGCCAAACGGCGGACGAUACCGGAGAGGGACAGACACGAGUAGGACCUGCAGCAAGGAAAGCAUUUGCUGCCAGCGGAGCUACCAGGAGUAGCAUUGCAUCGGUUGGGAGUGCUAGUGCUAGUAAAUCUUCGUCCAGUUACGGUAGUCGAAAGGAAUCUUCCGUUCGGUUUCGUCUAGAGGACGAACUUCUUGGCAGCGGCAGUGAGUUGAGCAGCAGUGAAAGUGCUAGUGCUAGCUUGUCGGAAAAUCUAAGCGCGAACGGCAAUCAUGACGACGAUAGCCUAGAGAUUAUGGAAGAAAUUUUAGUUCCGGUCGAUGGUGAUGAUGAUGAUGACGACGACAAUGACGACGACGAUAAGCAUGUUGGUGGAACAAGCAGUGGCAGUGUUGUUGAUGGUCCACCACUAGCAGCGAGUGGAAAUAGUUACGAUAGCAAUUCAACGAGCGUGGACGGUGUUUCGUUGAAUCGAUCGAAAUCCCAAAACCUUUCGCGCGCGUUGGUCGAUCGGCAACGGAAACUGUUUGGUAUAGGGCAGAACGAAGACUUGCAACCUAGAGAACCAGGAGUCGAACAAACCGUUGGUGGACUGUUCGAUAUAGAUCGAUUGCAACUUUCAGGGAACGAAAUUGCGCAACACUUCCAGACAGCAAUCGACAGUGAUAGUGGCGAGGAAGAGUCGUCGUAUCGCACCCGGCAGGGAUUGUCUCAGAAUGAUGAAUAUGACGAUUCGUUUCGUGAGAUAGCGAGUGGAACUGGUAAUUCAGGGAAUGAAGCGGAAAGUGGUGACAAGGAAGAAGGUGUAAAACCGGUGGAAAUAGUAAAGGUGCACCAAACAAAGGAACUAUCGCCCCUAAAAGAGGAUGAUGUGCUGAUAAAUGAUAGCAAAGUGAACUUGAAUGCGUUGAAGAAGCAAAGUAGUAAAGAGUUUAAACGAAACGCGAAAAGUAAUGUCAUCAUGGCCGAUGAAAGUAAUAACAGUCUGGAUAACAGUCUUAACACGACAAACGAUAUAUCCGAUCUGGCACCGGACACUGAAAGUGAUCGCGUGAAAAGCGUGCAAAUGGAUGGCCCGAUAAAUGCAAGCAUUACGUCCAAAACUCCAAUGUUGACCACCGAAGGACGAAGUCGUAGUGUACCGGAAGCAUUGGAAAUGAAAAGGGGUGGCGGCGCGGAAGCAGCAGCUUGUUUCACGAGUCUCGGGACAUUAAAGUUAGUGGGUGAACAGGUGAAAACAGGAGAAACAGGUGAAGUGAGUGAACACACACCUGGCGAAGAACGUAGUUCGUCUUCGGGUGGGAGUGGCAUAUCGGAAAAUCUACGUGAGAGAAUACUAUCGACAAGUAAAUCAUUCGAUGAAAUGAAGUCCCAAGGCGUCGUAGCAAUCGAGCGUCUAGAGGAUAAGAUAGAUGUCGACCGUGCGACUCUACGAUCGGGAGGCGAAACUGUUAAACCGAUGGAACGAGUAUCGGCUGAUCAAAAGGAAGCACUAGAAGACAUAUCCGAGGAAUCGGAACAUACAAUUGGAGGAACUCUACCAAAUACUGACGACGAACAACGCAUGUCAAGGGCAACAAUCACGUGUCCCCAAGACACGAUGGGAUUGAUUGAGCGUGGUCAAGAAAUGCGUACUAUUCUCGAAGAAAAACUGCUACAGAAGCGUUUUAGCGACGGCAGUGCAAACGGCGAGGAUAACAAGGAAAAUAUUCCAGAGGGAGCGUCGUUGAAAGUUGCGGCUGAUGUUCAACAUGUUGCGAGCUUAAAAAUGUUCCAGACUAUGGAAAAUGAGAUACGAAAGCUGCACGAUAUUAUUGCCGCCAAAGACGUGCUAAUAAACACGUACGGGCGUAAGCAUGAUGGAGAGGCGAGUAAGGAAAACACUGAAACAGGUAGCCGUGCGGAAUCACUACGCGAGCAGCAGGUGUGUCGUUCUCACAAUAGUGAUUCUAUUAGUUUAGCUACUAAUUCGACCGAGUAUCGACCCGUGGGAGAACCGUUGGAAAAUGGAUCGGAAAAGGAUUUGUAUGGAAAAAUAAUGGAACGAAAUCAAUGGAUCCAGUUGCUGGCGGAUCAAUUGAAGAAUUCGUUGCAUGAACGCAACCAGCUGCAAACAGAAAGCGAAAAAUUAGCCGAAGAAGUAAUACAGUUGAAGAAACAACUCGUCGAAACGAGCGAGAACAUGAGGCUUAAGGUGCAGGACUGGGCAAAAUUCAGGCCAGCGGAUCAGGAGAGCACUAGCGGAGGGCAGCGGAUAUCAGAGAUUUCGAUUGAUCUAGUGAGCGAAACGGAGGACGGUGGGCUAUCAGAUUUUCCGGAUAUGUACGAUGAUCUCCAGCCGCCACUGCUACCAUCUGAACGAACUUCUCAAGUAAACUUGUAUAGUUGCAGUGAUCUUUCUGAGCUAAAUCCAAUGCAUAUUCCCAUAAAAAUUUCGAAACAUCUCGACCAGUUCCGGGAUUAUCUGUCCACCGAAGAAUUGCGCCUGUUCAACAUGGUUCAGGGAAAGUUUGAUGACUUUCUAACUCAGGAGCUUGAUAAGGUUCGUGAUGCUAAAGAAUCUGAGAAUCGAUUGCUGCAAGAACAGCUGCAGGCAGAGCGAACUGAAAAGGAAGAAGAAAUUUUCCGAUUGAGGCGUAUGCUUGGAAACGUAACGGCUGGUUCGAUAGAGAUUUCUGACUUGCGGUCCGAACUGGAAGCUCGGCACACACAAGAGAUGGCUGAUUUGCGUACUUACUUUGAGAAAAAGGUUGUGGAUUUGGAAAAACAAUACUCGGAGGAGGUAUUUUCGCAGCAAAGCCGCCGGCUAUCGAAUGACGAUACGGCAUCUGAAAUCUCAGGCGCCGAAGAGUUCCCAGAAGAGAAUGGUGGUUAUCAUUCCAAACAUACAAGCCCUAGAAGGAAACACAAAGAGGGUAUCUACCUGAGUCCGACUCAUCGCAAGAUAACUCCAACGACUAUCGAUGCAACGGAUCCGAGUGCGGAUGAAAUCCUUACAGUGGAAAUUGUCGAGGAGAAUGAGCAUCGUAAUCUAACGGCAGAUGAGUUGAGGGUAUUUUAUCAAAGCAAGAUAAAGGAGUUGAAUCUGCAACAUGAGCGGAUGCUCGUAAGUCUUCGUGAAAAAUUGAAAGCGUACGAGACCCACCAACAACAGAAGCAGUUUGUAUCUAAUCAAACGGAAUCCACCUCCUCCAUUGCCAAGGAUCAAAGCUCACCAAAUCUAACCAUUGAACCUCCACUACCAUCACUGGUCGGUCACCCAUCUUCACUCACCGGUUCACCUGCCGCAGAUAUUAUUAUCGGUGUUGCACCGCUAACUAACCGCUCAUCCGAUACUAACAACACCGUUCAGGAUCAGCGCACGGAUCCGCGUACCGAUCCGAACCGACGAGACACAUUACCGGCGAAGACGACGGUGAUGGUUGUCGAGUCAGGCUCGGAUACGGAUCUACAAGAGAUUAUAUCUGGGCACGAACGGCGCUUGCAAGAACAGGUAGCCCUCGCACGGCAAGAUGUAUUGAAAGAGCUGGAAGUUCAAAUACAGGCUCUGCUAACCGACAACUCCUUCCAAGACAGUCACUGGCCUCCCGAGUUGGUGCUGUUGCGAGAAAAGUUUACUGCCAAAAGCCAACUGGAAAUCGCUCAACUACAACUUAAACAUGAAGAAGAGAUGGCGCGUAUGAAAAACGACUUCGAGAAGCAAUUGCAGCGCAAGUUGAAACGUCACGCUACGUUUGAUUCUAGCCGCGGGCUCGAUAAAAUCAUUAAUGAACGCGACAACCUACGGGAGCUUUCUUCCACUCUACGAAAUGUCGUUGGCGGACUGGCAAAGUGCUUUUCAAUUUGUGAACAAGACCUCAACAGCACCGUGCUUGAAGAGUUACAACGAGUUCAUCAGCAAGCAAGCGCAUCGUUGGUGGGCCUUGCUGAUGAUGCUGCAGCCAACUGCUCAGCCGCUGAAAGUGAUCUAAACAUUACCGAUGCAUCAUUCGUGGCCUCCUGCAAGCUGCUUAAGUUUGCGCCAGAUGUUUCGGGUAUCAUAUCAAUCAUUGAAGAUCCUUCUUUGGUGGAAUACGUUUCAACCAGAGAACAGCAAUGGCAGGAUGGAGAUCCGGAAUCCGAAAACAUAUCCCUUAAUCUUGACGAAUGUUUGGAACGAUUAAGGGCAGAAGCAUUCAGCUUACUUGCUCUAUCUGAACGUCUCAAACUUAAAUCGAUCUCUGGUGAUGACGUUGAGUCAGAUAAGGUUUGCGAAAAGAGUGAUAGCUGCGAGGACGAGGACGGAUUGAAACGGUCUGGCAAAAUAGAUAAACUCAUCGAAAGCACUCAUUCAUUCGAUGAGACUAUUGUUCGUGAAACAGCUUCGGAUCGUGAUGCCAAACUGGCCAUUCACGGCUGUCGCAGUCUUCCAAAUGAUCUUACGGGGGUCCAGCUCAAUGGAGAAUUGAAUCUCAAGCUGCAUGAACUCAAGAACCGGCUUCUCAAGUCAGAGGAUGAACGUAAACUACUCGAAUCCGAGCUAGCCGAGGUUCGUAGCAAGCAAAACAGUCUGGUGAGCGAGUUGUCUGAAACAAAACAGCACCUGCUCGAACUGAGCUCCCAGCGUGUCGAGUUUAGCGAAGGAUAUGGCACAAAUGCACUUCUUCCGACUGCCCAAAGAAUAAAUAAUUCGUUUGUGGAACUCCAAGAGCGUGCUAAAGUGCUGCUAAGUAAUGCUGCUGCUGGCGGAGAUCAAACAAUCCAAGACAAUUCGACGCUCUUGCAGUUGGUGGAAGACUUCUGUCGAGAAGGUGAACGGUGCAUCGAUGAUGGAAAGCGCGAUCGAAUUGAUCUUCAAUUGCAGAUUGAAGCCGCCGAUAAACAGCUUAAAGCAACUCGGCAGUUCCUCGAAGAUCAGGCAGCCGAACGUGAACAGGAACGUGACGAGUUUGUCAAGGAAAUCGAACGCCUAAAGAGCACGAUGCGUGAGAAGGAAAAGGACAAGGUCAAUUUCGAGCGUGCAACGAAGGAGGAAGGAUGCGUGAGCGACUGUAGAUAUGCAAAUGAAAAUCGGGCAAUAGCUGCAAACUUGGAAUCGAUGGAGCAACAGGUGAAGGAGCUAACUACACAAGUUGGCGAAAGAGACGAUCGGUUGCGAAAGCUGGAGACCGAUUUGAAGGAUUCCAUUGACAAGGGUUUUGAGCUGCGGGCGAUUAUCUGCGAAUUGGAAACCCAAGAAGAAAGCAAAAUAAUCAACGAACGUGUUCUGGAAAGCAAAGUCAAGGAGCUACAGAAAUACAUCGACUUGCAAAAUCAGCAAAAUGAAUCGCUUCACCAGGAAAUGGAGAGCAUAAAAACAGAUCUUGCUGUAUGUGGGUACGACGAAAAGAUUGCCAAGCUGGAGGAGGAACUGCGACAGCGACAACUAUCGUCGGAACAGAACAUUGUUCUAGAGGCACUGACUGUGCAACUACGCGAUAUCGAGGAAACACUUGAACGAAAGAUCAAGAAUCUUGAUACGCUGCACUCUACCUCUGGUGCCUCACUUGGAUGUAGUAGCCCGUCAGAAGAUGUAUCCAUGAAUCAAGACAGCCCAAUCCAUCGACAGAAGAAGAAUUUAUCUGCGGGAUGUGUGGAGGAGAUUUCUUCUGAAGAUUGCAGAUCGAAAGUAACACCCCUGCCGGUCGAUGAAGUACAGCGGAUAUUCGAUAAGUUACAUCGACAUUCGCGCGUCGAAGAUGUGGCUAUCAAACGCAUCAACGAUCUUGAGAUGCAAAUUAGUAACAUCAGAAGCAGUUAUGCGGAGCUACAACACGAACGAGAUGUACUGCAAGAGAAAAUGUCCGAACAAUCGAUGAAAAUUUCUUCGCUUCAAACAAAGCUCGACGAACAGCGUUUGCGCGCAGAGGAACUGCAUCGGCAAGGUACUUCGCAACUUACGGUAAAAGUACACGAUCUUCAGAAUGAACUGCACAAUUUGAAGGAGACACUCCAAACACGUGACAAACAGAUUGUCAAUUUGAAGCAGUUUCUCGAAAAUAGUCAGCAAGCAAUAGCGCGCCAAGAAAAGGAAUUAGCAAUGAAUCAGGAGGGCGUUGAUCGUAGUCAGGAACAAGAACAGUUAGAAGCCGCUCUUCGCAACAAAGAGGACGAAAUUCGACAACUGAAGGAACGCAUUAAGAACGAAAUGAUUAACAAAGCCGCAUUGCCGGACCUGAUGGAAACUAUGCUGGCGGAUAAGAAUGAAGAGAUUGAUCAUCUAAAGGAAAAACUAGCUCAAUAUCAGCGUACAUUGGGUGAUGCUGUCGAUCGAGCUCAGCAAAAUGAGGCGGCAGCAAUCCUUGCAAAGGACGAUGACGGAGGUCGAACACUGAGUGAUGUCGUUUCGAUAACCGAUUGUGACGAAUCUGACAUGGUGAUGCGGCGCAUGCCGGAACAAGCUACAAUGGAAGGUAUUUUACCGGCCCACAGCAUUCCAAUGAUGUUACUGGCUGACUUUUGUAUACUAACGAUAAAGGAUUCCGGCACAUCGCUGUUCCCUAACCAUUCCAAACAAUCGUCCUUACCUAUGGCACAUUUGAUGAGCAGCGGGCAAGAUUCUUCGAUGUUCAAUUCUAUCCCGUUGCGUUCUAACUUUUUCCAUGACGUCUGUUCGGCCGUUCCGCGCAUACCCGAUCAAACACGUAGUAGCGCUCCAACUCCGGAGUACGUUCCACGACAGAUAGACUUUUCUCUCGCGGAUGAUGCAUCUCUUCAACUCGGGGCCCGACGACAGUCCGCACCAUCAGCUCCAGAAACGAUAAUGUUUUUCGGUGCUACUGCCGGCAGCGGUGCCGCGAGACCACUUCUUCGGGAGUCAGCUUUUAUCGAAGAGAUUUGCGAAGGUAAAGAAGCAAAUGCCGAUGCUUCUGCACAGUCGAUAAACGCUGUUGAAAGAAAGGCUAACCUGGAGGACGAAGUAGAGUCUUUAAAAUUAAACUUAGAUAGGGUAGUGAAUGAAAAGAAUGGCCAGUUGGAACAGUUGAAGUCACAACUGCAAGAAAAAGAGGAACAGAUUGCAGACCUCCAAGUGGAACUUGCUGCUCGCAAUAAGCUUUAUGAGGAUCUAAUGCUGGAAAAGAAGGAAUUGCGUGUUGAAGUGGAACUUGUGAAGCAGGAGUUGAAUAAGCUUGAUCAGCAAACACGUGACAUGCAACAAAAGGAUGCAGAUCUUAAAUCGGCCUUAGAACAGCUCCAUCAAAAGGAAAACGAAUUAAGUGAAGUACACUCCCAGUACGAUAAAGUACGUACCGAGAUCGAAGAGGUCACGAAAGAAGCCACCGUCUUGCAAACAGAACAGCAGCGACAAAAACUGGAAGUAGACACUCUGCGUCAACAGGUGGAGUCGCUAAACAAAACCAUCGGCCACAAGGACGAGCUUAUGUCGAAGCUGGAGAAGGAUUUGUUAAAUUACAGUAAGAACGAAGAAAAAUACCUCGAGCAGCUUCGAUCAAUGGAUGCCAAAGAGACAGAAUUGAAAAUUAUGCAAGGUAACUACAAAGAUCGGUUGCACGAGAUUGAAAUACUCAACGAGGACAAUCGCUUCCUGACGGAAGACAUUAACCGACUAAAGAACGAAAUAGCACGCAGCAGUAGUUCCCUCAAUUCCAAUUCAUCGUAUGUGCAGGCGUUGAAGCAAAAUUGCGUCAAACUUGAGGAGGAACUGCACGAAAUGAAGCCAUUGCUGACGGAAAAAAUGUUGGCCCUCGAACGGGUAAAAAUAGACCUUGACGGAUGCCACCAAGAGAUUCAAGAUCUUCGCUCAGCAUUGCAAGACAAGGAGAUGAUAAUUCAACAGAUUGGCGACGAUGGAAAUAGCUUGCACGAGGCUCUCUCUAACAUUCAGGAAAGGAUGCAGGAGAAAAAUAUUGAGCUGACGAGCAAAUUGCGCGUGGAGCAAGAUCGUAAUGCACAACUGCAAUCAGAGCUGGAACGAGUGAAACAGCAACUUCAGCGUAGCGAUAACUCGUCGAGUCCCAAGCCUUUCUCUGUAGAAGAGAUUGCCGAGCAGCUGGAAAAAGAGCUCAACUACUCGGCGCAGCUUGAUUCAAGCAUCUUAAAAGCAAUCGAGAGUGAUGAGGUCAACACAGACGAUGAGCGGCAAUGUUACAGUGGCGCUGCUGCAAAGAAGGUCGGGGUACGUAAACCGUCCGAGCUAGACGAUUUGCGACAGAAGUUGCAGCUUGAGAUGGACAAAGGCAGAAAAAUGCAUGAUCUAUUAGAAGGUGAGAAACAAAAUUCGGCUGCUAUUCAACAACAGGAUGCGGAAAUCAUUGAAGCGAUGCGCAUUCGACUAGAGGCAGCGCUCGGUAACGAGAACACUCUUCAACGGUUGUUGGAGGAUGAACGAUCCAAAAAUGAGCGUCUCUCUAGAAUGGUCGGUGGGUUGCAGCGGACAAAAUCGUUCGACAAUUAUCUACUGAUGAAAGGUAAAUGCUCACCUCAGGACGGUUCCCCACAACGUCGUCUUAACAGGAGUAACGAGUUUGAAGCGGAAAUGGUUGCUCGUUAUGAAAGCGAACUCAAGUUUUUGACCGCACAGAACGCUAGAGAGCGUGAGCGUACGGCCGACCUUCAGCGUGUUCUCGAACGUGAACGCGAGCGAUUCGAAAAAGAAAUAACCGAGCGAACCGAACACAGCGAACAAGUGAAAAAAGAACUGAACAGAGUUCUGAAGGAAAAAGAAGGACUUGAGUUAGAAUUGGACCACGAGCAGGAGAAGCUUGAGCUGGCACACAAAGAAAUUGAAAGCUUGGAAAAGCGCAUUGAGGCGCUGCAAGAAGCCGAAGCUCUGCGUUCCUCAAGACGUGAACGAACUUCGGGCCAGAACACGCUCGAAUUCCAGGAGCUGAAGAUAAAGCUUGAGAGUGUGGAAUUUGAGCGUAAUCAACUACGGGACACGAUGCAAAACCUCCGCUCUGAGGUGGAUCGUCGUCGUGUUCGUGAAGCACAUCUGACAGAGGCGCUAUCUCGAGAAAACUCUCUUAAUGCUGAUUCACACAACCAGCGGCAGGUCGUACCGGAGGAAUUUCUGAAUAAGCUAAAGGAUCUCAAUCGCAUGCUUGAGGCGAAUGCGCGUGAAAAUCAAGAGCAGGCAGAAACACUACGUUACAUGAUGGAGGAACGGCGUGCGCUUCAGUUGCGCAUCCAAGAUUUGGAGCGAUACAGUGUGCAAAGCAACGGCGGAGGUCACCACCAACGCCAUGAUCUAGAAGAGCGGGCUAACCAUCUGUUUGGCAAGUAUCUGCGCUCAGAAAGCCACCGGAAGGCGCUAGUCCAUCAGAAGCGGUACCUGCAGAUUGUGGUGACGACAUACGAGGAAAACGAAGCUAAAGCGCUUGCCCUGUUGAACGCACAGCUGGCCCCAGGACAAUUGCAAGUGCUCGCUUUGGCAGGCGGUCCACGGUCGCUAGAGUCCCCCUUGCAUCCGCGUCGCAAAUCAUUCCGUUCGAUCGUGACGGUAAUCGUGGCGAUCGAGCGAAUGAAAUAUCUCGUACGAAAAUGGCAUGGAGGACGGCGGGUCUGUGCAAAGGCUAUUUUCUCACAACCGUUCAGUCCUCGUCGCUCACAAUCCGCCAGCACGAAUGUUUGGGCUCGAUCCCCAAACUCGCACUUUGUUGAGUACUCGGCCGGAGGUGCAAGUGCCAGCGGAGCAGUGCGAUUGGAACGUGCCGAACCGAUGCCGCUACAAGUGUUUAGCGCACCCUCCGGUGGAGCCUUUGCCAGGACACUUUCCGUUCCGGAUGGUUCGUCAGCCUCCCUACGAAUGACCGUUGGUAUGCUGGAAACAUUGAAUGAACAUCAGCAGCCACAACACCAGCAGCAGUACAAUCGAAACAACACUUACGGCAGUCGAUAA